GGUCCCUCUACUGCGCAUGGCACGUUGCGUACCUCCCUCCCAGCAACUGGCCUGGCGGCAACGCGGCCUUAAACCAAGGAGGCGGAGCUGAGAUUGGGUCGAGACUGCUUGCUAACUCCAGGACCAGGUUUAAAUUUUUGAAAUUGAAGUAGGUCUACACGUUAGGAACUCAUGUCUUUUCUUGUAAGUAAACCAGAGCGAAUUAGGCGGUGGGUCUCGGAAAAGUUCAUUGUUGAGGGCUUAAGAGAUUUGGAACUAUUUGGAGAGCAGCCUCCGGGUGACACUCGGAGAAAAACCAAUGAGGCGAGCGCAGAGUCGAUAGCAUCCUUUUCUAAACAGGAGAUCAUGAGUAGCUUUCUGCCGGAGGGAGGGUGUUAUGAGCUGCUCACCGUUAUAGGCAAAGGAUUUGAGGACCUGAUGACAGUGAACCUAGCAAGGUACAAACCAGCGGGAGAGUAUGUGACAGUACGAAGGAUUAACCUAGAAGCUUGUUCCAAUGAGAUGGUGACGUUCUUGCAGGGGGAGCUCCAUGUCUCUAAGCUCUUCAGCCAUCCCAAUAUCCUGCCAUAUCGAGCCACCUUUAUCGCAGACAAUGAGCUGUGGGUUGUCACAUCAUUUAUGGCAUACGGCUCUGCAAAGGACCUCAUCUGCACACACUUCACGGACGGCAUGAAUGAGCUGACGAUUGCUUACAUACUGCAGGGGGCGCUCAAGGCCCUGGACUACAUCCACCACAUGGGAUACGUGCACAGGAGUGUCAAGGCCAGCCAUGUUCUGAUCUCAGCGGAUGGGAAGGUCUACCUGUCUGGCUUACGCAGCAACCUCAGCAUGAUCAGCCAUGGGCAGCGGCAGCGUGUGGUCCACGACUUCCCCAAGUACAGUAUCAAGGUUCUGCCGUGGCUCAGCCCAGAGGUCCUCCAGCAGAAUCUUCAGGGUUACGAUGCCAAGUCUGACAUCUACAGUGUGGGAAUCACGGCCUGUGAACUAGCCAAUGGCCACGUCCCCUUUAAGGAUAUGCCUGCCACCCAGAGGGAGCAGCAUGUGCAAAGACCCAGAGUCAAGAAAGAACAGGACCGGGGUUUCCCUGGUGGCGCAGUGGUUGAGAGUCCGCCUGCCGAUGCAGGGGACAUGGGUUCGUGCCCCGGUCCAGGAAGAUCCCACAUGCCGCAGAGCGGCUGGGCCCGUGAGCCAUGGCCGCUGAGCCUGCGCAUCCGGAGCCUGUGUUUUGCAACGGGAGAGGCCACAACAGUGAGAGGCCCGUGUACCGCAAAAAAAAAAAAAACACAGUAUCUGGGAAGAGCAGGUAGUUGUAAAUGGCUGAAGUACGGGUGCUUCUGGGGGGCUGCUAGGUGACGUGGUUGGAGAAGGAAGCAAGGGCAGAUCACGAAGGACUUUGCUUGUGUGCCACGCCAGGGUGUUCGGUUUCUGUCCCAAAGCAUGUGGAGAAUUGCUGAAGGAGUGAUAGCAUCAGAUACAUAUUUUAUAAAGAUGACUCUCGCAGAUGGAUUAGCUCUGGCAGACUAGUUAGGAGGGUGUGGAAAUCUAUCUAGGUAAGGAGUCUAGGAAGUCUAAGUAAGACAGAAACGGAUGCUCAGGAAGGACUUAAAAGGCCAUUUUUAGGUAAACAAGGUAGGGAUGCAGAAACAGCAGUGCCCAGGAGAACCUCCUGAGGUGAUGGAAAUGUUCUGUACCUGGGCUGUCCAGCGUGGCCUCCACUAGUCACCUGUGGCUGUGGAGCACUGUGGCCCGCGAGAUUGAGGACUGGAUUUUAAGCUGAAUUUAAAUAAAGAUAAAUAGCUAUGGGAGUUCCCUGGCAGUGCAGUGGUUAGGACUCAGUGCUUUCACUGCUGGGGCCCAGGUUCAAGCCCUGGUCAGGGAACUGAGAUCCUGCAAGCCAAGCGGCAUGGCCAAGAGCAACCAAAAAAAAUCUCUCUGUCUCUGUCUCUCUCUGUCUGUCUCUGUCUCUGUCUCUGUCUCUGUCUCUGUCUCUCUCUCUCUCUCUCUCUCUCUCUAUAUAUAUAUAUAUGGCUACAUGUGGCUGGUGGCUCCCAUAUUGGACAGCACAGCUCUAGAAGGAUUUCCAGGUUUCUGCCUUGAACAGCUCACGAGGUCCAUGAGGACAGCAGUCCCCAAGGUGGGCUGCUUUUACAUGUGUGGAGUCUGAGGACUUCGGAACAGCUGCCUAGCCCGCCCCUGGGUGCACUGCUCCUGUGCAGUCCGCUGCAGUGACAGUCGGCCAGAAUGAACCCCAUCGGACCCACCUGGGCGUGGCACACUGGGGCUGGGCUUUAAAGAAAGGACCUGGCUGCCACCUUGACCCUAGGGUGAGGGCUCUACAGUUGGAAGGAUCUGAUGCCUUACGAAGGGCGAGAGACUGCAAGCCCCUGCCUUCCAACCACGGCGGAGGCGGGUACUCUUUUGCAGUCCUCCUCGUCAGUUUGGCCUUGCUAGGGUGUAGCUGCCAGUCCUUUGGAAAAGUCAGACUUUUUCCACUUCUUUCUUUACUUCUCCCGAAUCACUCGUGUGUUGGGAAAAGUAUACUUGCGAAGAAACUCUAUAGGCCUUCCAGGGGCCCCCUCCAGCCUAGCCCCUGGCUCUGUCCUCCCCAGAUGCUGCUGGAGAAGCUGAACGGCACCGUACCCUGCCUGCUGGACACCAGCACCAUCCCUGCCGAGGAGCUGACCAUGAGCACCUCGCGCUCAGCGGCCAACUCUGGCCUGAGUGAGAGCCUGGCCCCCAGCCCCCCCAGGACC